AUGAACAAAUUCUAUAACAAUGUUUAUGAAUCAUCCUAUUUGGAGCGUGGAGGAGCAUACUGUCACAAGAAAAAGGACGUCACCCCAUGCCGAAUGCAGACAUCAGUAUGACAAUGAGAAGAUGAUUUCAAAAAUCAAGAAGCAGGCAGAGCAUAUUAAGUAUGAAAGGGAUGAUUCGCAGACUGGGUAUUUUCUCAGGUAAAACCGUCUGCUAAAACCGCAUGUGAUGGUGGAACAAUAAAACAGGAGAUUAUACGUAUAGAUGACCUUCAAGAAUUUAUUGACAAGAUUGAAAAGAUCCUAAAAGAACACCUUGAAAAAACCAUUCAUUCAAUAUCUGGGCGAAUUUUGACAGGACAUAAUACAGCUCAUGGUUUUGAUGUAGCUCAGUUAUCUCAGUUGCAGAGUGUGAAAACUGAAUUAACUACUCUACGUACCGGACUUGUAGAACGUCAGGAAACAUGUAAAUCUGUAUUCAGACACAGCUUUUCUGCAAUAAAGAGGAAGUCACGCUCAAGAAAGCAGAACAUUAAUAAGUGCAAGAAACGGAAGAAGGCGAAACAUUCAGAAAGAAAGAGAGAGAUACUCAGAAAAAUUGUACCAGAUUUACCAGAAGGAAAAAACAUGCAUAAAGAAAGAUAUUCGGCCAGCAAUCGUCAGGGGACUCCGAAAAAGACAAAAAA